AUGGCUCAUUAUCAGGUAUUAGUUCGGGAUUAUCACUGGGUCCAUCACAACAUCGUAGCGCAGUCUCCUGUUCUCGAUUUGAAUUCUCGCAUUCAGAAACUCAUCAUUCGACCGUUGGAAGGCCGAAAUAAUCAAGAGCCUCGAAUAAUUAGUAGUUCUACCGAAUUGACAGAUGACAUCCGUGGCCAUGCAUAUCGAGUCGAGGCACACGGGGUGGUCAUCUCAACGAACUCGCGAAACCCUAGCCAUUUCCCUGCCUGGGUACCGGUGCAAAACGGUGGAUGUGAAGAUGGCGAGGUUUAUGUCGUUAAUCUAAUGACACAUGAAGCCUUUCGUGUUCGUAUAGCUCAUGUCUGCUGGGUUCCUGGUUUUGAAGCAUCGGACCGCAGACUAUACACGAUCAUCGGCGCUCCUCGUAAGACAAUAGGAGCGAUUCGGAUCUUGGCCCUCGUGCAGCAACUCGGCCGUCCCAGGGAAUCCAAGCUCGCGCUCCUUACUCCCUCCGAGCUCUCUAGUUUCGCCAAAAUCAGUGAUGUGCAAAAGAAAGCGUUGUUUGAGAUCCAGCUUAGAGCUAUCAAGACCGAAUCCAACCCACCGCUAGAGCCUCUGCUGAACGGCUAUCGGAUUUUUUGCUCGCCGUAUAGAGAUGAGCGUAACAGGCAUACCUUGGAUGAGAUCAUGGUCAAAAGUCUCGAGGUUCACCGACCUUGGGACGCUGGUUCUGAAGACAUUGUUGAUAGCUUUGACGAUGAAGACGACGAUGAUCUAUUGUCCGUGAAGCCGAUAUAUCCUACUAUAGUUGAAGCCCCAACCCGCCCCUACAGCUGCGACUGCAGAUACUCAGCAUUGCGGCCCACAUGCUACAACCCGCGGCCAGCCCACCGCCACGGCACCGACAAGGAGUGCUCUCUCGGCUCUGCCCACGCCAAACACUGCAUCUUCGCGGACUACGCGCCCAAGAAAUGCAUUGUCCCUAGCCCUGGCGAUGACGACGAACCGCACCAGCACUGCGUCGACCCGAUCCUGGAUAUGCAGUCUGCUGUCGAGGAGAUGUACGGGACUUCUUGCUUUGCGGAGGCGGAAGCGCUGCUCGAGUGGGCGGACACGGAAACGGGGAUGGGGAUGGGUAUGGAUAUGGAUAUGCUUGACUACGCGGAGCUGGAGGACGAAAUAUCGGUUGAUGGAUCACCGCUAUCCCCUUAA